CUCGCUGAAGACAGAUUCAGAGCCCUCAAGCUUCCAUCAAGGUCAAAGACACAGCAUCAAGCUUGACAGUACGUACAAUUGAGUAUCUGUUUAUCUACAGAAAUCACUGAUUCUUAUACCUGACUAGGACAUACAUUCGCCCCUGCUACCUCACUCAGACCAUCUGUCUAAUUCUCACUUCUCCAUCUAUUCAACAUGUCUUUCCUCUUCGGUGGCCGCCCCCAAUUGUCCUCUGCGGAGAAGAUUGCCGCUGCAGAGACUGAGGUCGAGAUGGUUUCCGAUAUGUUCAACCGUCUGACCCAGUCCUGCGUUCAGAAGUGCAUUCCUACCGACUACCGCGAAGGUGACCUGAACAAGGGCGAGUCCGUCUGCCUGGACCGCUGUGUGGGCAAGUUCUUCGAAGUCAACAUCAAGGUCAGCGAGAAGAUGCAGGGCGAGGCUGCCGGCAGACAGGGUGGCAUGGGCCUCAUGUAAAGCCUCUUCUUCGCCAUGAUCACAACAGGUGAGAAAAAGUGGUUAAAUCUUACGAUGGGCCAUUUAUGAGGGGUGGAUUCAGCUGCAUCCUGUCUCACGCUUGUUUUGAUGCGCCCGAGACGGAAUGAUAUGCCACUGGUAGGCAGAUGGGUCUUUGGGAUAAUGACGUGUCUAGUGGCUGCUAAUCUCGUUUGCGCCUG